GAACAAAAUGACCUCAGGUGAGGCAAAACAAGCAAUCGCAAAGUGCUGGGACAAUUACAGAAUACUAAUUAAAAUUUUUUCGCGUUUAAGUGUAAGAAUAUCCACGACGCUGGCCAGUUAGCGUUAAAAACUCGGUAAAAGAAACGGUUUAUUGCGUAACAGAAAGCGAUAUCGCAUUUAAAAGGAUUAUUCAUCGUAACAUAAGAAGCUGUACAAAGGAAAUUAUGCUUAUUUUGCUUGAUUAUCAAAGGUCUGCAGCCAAUAGAUAGGUGUAAAACUAAACAAAUUGUGCUUCUUGUUGAAGAAAAUAACGAAAGAGUGUUGAACAAUGGAAGAAAGAGUUGAAAGAACUCCUGAACAUGACGGCGAUAUGAUUAUAGACAACGUUUUGACGACUCAACCAGAGUUGGGCCCAACAAUACCUGAUGGUGGAUAUGGAUGGGUAGUUUUCCUAGCAUCUCUAUUUUUUCAAGCUCUUAUACCCAGCUUACUGGUUAGUUUUGGAAUUUUCCUGGCUUUUGACCGAAUUGAACACAACACAUUAGUUGGAAAGAAUCCUUUACUGUGGGACAAUACACUUCUACAUGUACCCUUAUUUUUCGUUGCUAGUUGGACAUUUUUUGAUUCCGCGAGCAGACACCUUAUAUCGCAGAGUACUUGGCCAAAACUGAUCGCAACAGCCGGUAAUUGCUUGACUUGUGCUGGAUUGCUGUUCGUAUGGAUUGGAAUGACCGGAUCAGGCAAAAUUUAUCUCUAUAUUUUGGCUGGAAUCGUCGCAGGAUUUGGAGCUUCAAUCCAAAUGGCUCAAUGUGAAAUAUUGGUAGCCCAAUAUUUUCGAUUGAAACUACCUCUUCUGACCAACAUAGCCCAUGCAGUCUCGGCGAUAGGCUUCAUAUUAGCUCCAAUUAUAAUAGGGCAUCACAUUUUGACUAAUUCUUUAAUGCAGAUUAUUUUAUGGUAUCAAGCUAUCAUUCUGCAAGGUUUGGUUGUUAAUUUAUUGUUUAAGAAGCCCAUUUAUCUAAAGUCCGGCAAUACGAAAAGAUAUAAUUAUGUUACUACUAACCCAGACGAUGAAGAGGAUAUUUUUUCGAAAAAUACCCGAGAGUUGCAAAUCAAAGUACAAAAUCAUCAUGGCGUUCAAGUACAGAAUCACGAGAUUCCACCUGCAACGAAUUUAGAGAGCGCGGAAAGUUCAAAUUCCAACAAACAUGAUAAAUCAACAGAAAAUAUGAAGGAAAAAAAUGAAGAUACUAAGGAUUGGGUGACAUUUGAAGAUGAAGAGGACGAAGAAGUGUCAAAAUACGUACGAGUCAAGGACUGGGAAACUUUCGAAGACGAAGAGACUGGCAGCAAAGCUAAAGCAGAUCCUUUGAGUGAGGCCAAAGCCGACAAACCUGUCAAUUUGGAAAGUUUUGAUGGACCUGAAAAUUCAAAGAAAAAUGAUCCUAACGAAAGAAAUCAUAAAAAUUUACAUCUCGAAAUGUCAUAUGGCAAAGACGAGGAUCUAGAAAGACCUACAACAAUGAGCGUCAACGGGAUGCCAAUACCGUUGUUUGCUGAUACUCCAGUGAACCACAACAACACUUACAGCUACGAUAUUUUAGAGGACCAAACUCACUCGUCACAACCAACUGUUUUUAUGCCGCAGCAAAGGACUAAUGCUAUUGAGACAUUUUCUAGGACAACUUGUGAAGUUCUUAGGCAACCUACGUUCUACAAAUCACUCAUAACGGUCAUCACGACGAAAUGGUCAUUUUUUGUUUUUUUUUCUAUGUUUCCUUGCUACUUCUACCAAGAAGUUAUUGAUUUGAAGAUGCGUCAACUGUCAAAUCUAGUAGGAGCCAUAUCAAUAGCAACCCUUCUGUUUUCUGGUGCUCCUUUUAUGAUUGAAAUCGAUAAAAGGCACAGGCCCAAGAUGAUGAUGGCUUUGACAUGGGUAGGAGCCUUGGGAUACUUAAUGAUCGCCGACUAUGUAAGCGAAGGUGUAUUACUGUUUGGGGCUGUGCAGAUAGUACUUAGUUUAGCCGCUCUUCAACAUGUCGGAAGUUCUUUGUUGGGAUUGACAGUUAAAGGAGAAUCUACAAAAGAAUAUGCUCUGAUUUGUGUCUUAUCCGGCCUAUCUUUUCUGCUUUUCACCGCUAUAAAUUUCAGUUUUAAACAGGUUUUUCGAACGAUGGGCAUUCUUCAUUUCUCCAUUGGUUUCCUUUGGCUAGGCAACUAUAUUUACAAAAGACUUCGCAUGGUUCUCUAGACACUCCAGCUAUAAAUAAGCAAAACAACGAUUAGCACAGACUGAAUUUA